UGAACUUGAGGGAAUCCCAAUCCACACAACACCAACUUGAACUCCGGGACUGCAACUCCAAAACGAUACCAGAAAAUGGCAACCGGCGCUUCCCCUUCACCGUUCCUCUACCAAAACGGCGUCAUUUCACACUCCGGAACCACCCCAUCAGUCACCCAAUUCCUAGAAUCCAACCCAGGCGCAUACACCACAACAAGAACUCACAACAAUGCAAAUUCUCUCCUAUUUUGGCCCCAACAUUUACAAAGACUUUCAAAUUCCACCUCAAUUCUCAUCACUUCAACCCCCCAAUUUUUCUUCAAAAACCUUAAAUUCAAUCCCAACACCCCAGUUUUCAGACCAACUUGGGAGUCCAAGAUCAAGUCUUUGGUUAAUGGUUCGGUGAAAAAGGUGCUGCCUUUGGCUUUGGAAGAGAGAAAAUUUGGGGAGGAAUUGGCAGUUACUGCUCUUGUUAGUGGGGAUUUUGAGAAAUUGGAAAAGAUUGGGGACUUGGGUUGUGAAAAUUGUGAUGUUGGUUUGUUUGAUGUUUGUUUGCAUAUUGGAAAGUAUGUUCCUUUUGUUUUUGGUGUUAGAGGAAAUGGUGCUAAUUUGGCUGUUGUUGGGUAUGGUAGGAGUUUUGCUCAAGCUAAAUAUUCUCAUUGGGUAAGGUUAAGGAAGCCUUUGGAGAAAUUGAGGCCUCCUUCAGUGACUGAGCUUUUGUUAUCCGACGAUGGUGAUCAUAUACUUGAAGGUUGUGUCACCAAUUUCUUUGUCGUUUGCUACAAGGACAGCAAGGAAGUCAAGAGGGACUGCUUUUACGAGGAUGGCAAUAAAGAUCAAUUUGAAGUGCAGACAGCCCCAAUUAGCGAUGGUGUCCUUCCUGGAAUUAUUCGCCAACUGGUUAUUGAAGUGUGUUUAAGCAAGGGAAUACCUGUUCAAGAAGUUGCACCAUCGUGGUCUACGCGGGACUCUUGGAAAGAGGCAUUUAUUACAAAUGGCUUGAGAAUUGUACAGCAUGUGGAAAAAAUUCAAGUUCCAACUUCAUGGGAAUUAAUAAAACAAAAAACUCUCGAGGAGAUAUCUUGGGAGGAGAAGCAUUUUCCGGAGGAUCCUGGGAUGAUUACAGCAAUUAUCCAGAAAGAGAUUAUGGAGAAGGCUCGUCUUGAAGGAUAUCUGUUAUAGCUCUCUUAGCACAUGAAUGGUUCUCGGCAUUUUAUACCAUUUCGGCUGGUUAGGUCUCUUAGGUAGAGUAUUUUGCAGCUUACACCAUUGAUCUCGAAAGCGGACAAUAUGAAUGGAUGAUUGUGUAUGAUGUUUAUGGGACAAUGUUUACAAAGCCUUGCAGACUGCAGUUAUGAGCAAAAUGUAUUUACUUAUCCUACUCAAAUCUAGAGUUCUAUUUGUCUGCCAUUUGAUGAUUAAAAUGCUUAUUAUUCA